UUUUCUGAACUUUAAAAAUCGAUUUCCCACAAUUUUGAAAAAUGGACAUUGAACAAGUUAGCAUAUUCAAGCGACGAAAUGUUAACAAAAAAACGCUUCUAAUACCAAAUUAGUAGUCUCAUAAUACUUUCACAAUACUUUCUACUACACCCUAUUCCUUAUCUAAAACUCUUUUGUAGUAAUGGCAUCUCUUAUUUAUAUACUUCAGUCGGUAAUGCAAAGUAUGUUCUAUGAAUUUUAUGACAGCCAACUUAAAACCAAGUGUAGGUAUUUCAAAAGAUAAAUAAAACAAAAUCUUGAAAAUUCUAUGCUUCUUUAAAUAACAUAAUUUUAAUAAGAUAUUUUCAAGAACUUACAAAUGAGCAGUCUACAAAAAGCCAACCUUCUUAUCUUUUAACCAAAUCACACACAACAUCCUCUUCCUAAACAUUAUGGCACAAGAAUCCAUCAAUGAUGUCACACCUUCUCAACUCGAUGAUUCAAACAACUGUGAGUGGGAUUACGUUUGGGAUCCAAACUUAUGUAAAACAACACUUAAACUAAUCACAUCAAAGGUCUACACUCCACCAGUUUUACCAUCAUCGUCGAAACAAACAAAUCGAAGUCGAGAUCGAUACUAUGUAUGUCACUUCGAUGGAUGCAAUAAAACCUUUGCCAAGGAACAUCGCCAUGCAUAUAAAACUCACUUGCAGAGGCAUUUGCCUGAUUGUGAGAAGCCUUUUCAAUGUGAUUAUCCUGAAUGUACAAAAGGUUUUGUCAUUCUACGUGAAUUGGAAAGACACAGGCGUUCUCAUACUGGAGAAAAACCUUAUAAAUGUGAUCAAUGCGGUAAGGGUCUUUGUACACCAUAUCACUUGAAAAAACACAUUAAAAGACACAUCAAAUUAUCAAAAACGAAAAAAAAACUUUUAAUUAAGUCUCGUUUAGAGAAAGCUUCUUGUAGUUCUGAUCCUAACAAUGGUAAUUCUAUUGACACAACAACACAAGACAGCAAUGUUGAAAUGCAAGAAGAAACUGAUGAAUCUGAAAUUUCAUCUGACUCUGGAUCAUCGGAUGAAUCCGAUUCUUCUAAGCCAAAAAAUAAGCCGCCAACUGAGAAAAAACACAAAUGUCCUGAGGAAGGAUGUGGGGAAGCUUUUAGGUCGCCAAGUUUGCUUAUGCGGCACAGUUGGAUGCACUCGGGGCAUAAGCCUUACAAAUGCGAUAAAUGUGGUAAAGGGUUUAUGAGAUCAGACUAUCUAACAAAACACCUCAAAGCUCAUCUCAAUAACCCAAAGUUUAGACCUUUUAAAUGCAAUCAUCCCGAUUGCACAAAAAGGUUUGUCAAAAAUGAUGAGCUGGUUUCUCAUAUGCAAACUCACACCCAGAGUAACAAACUCCACAAGUGUGAGAAAUGCAAAAAAACGUUCAGACGCAUUAACUUCUUGAACAAACAUAUGCAAGUCCACAAAUUAGAAGGGGAAGAAAAAAAUGUACCUUCGGGAGAAGUUAAUGCUGGUGGGAUAGUCCCUUCGGAAGAAAUUAGCGCUGGUGUUGAUGCAGACAAAACCACCGACUUGGAAGGUGAGAAAAAACACAAAUGCGCGGUAGAAGGAUGUGGGGAAGCAUUUAGACUGCCAUGGUUGCUUGAACGGCACACUUAUUUGCACUCGGGUCAUAAGCCUUUGCAGUGCUAUAAAUGUGGUAAAGGCUUUUUAAGACCUUACAAUCUAAAUAAACACCUCAAAGCUCACCUCAAAGAAGGAAAAAAUGUUUCUUCAGAAGAAGAAGUAAGUGGUGAUGAUGAUUCAGAUAACACGAGUGAUUCGGAGUCAAAUUAUAUCUUAAGUUCGCUUAUACCAACAAAAUUAAGUGACAAAAUCGAAGAAGAAGAGGCACAUAAAAACGAAGAACAUCACGACCAUGAAAUGAAGGAACUAGAAGUCAAACAAGAAAAGAUUGAAGAUGCUUUCUUUUCUUCGAUUCGAGUAUUAGAAGAUCUGGUCCAUGAUAUUAAAGAGAAAAAAGUUGAUCCCUAUGAUUUGAAGCAAGAAUUAGACACAAAGACAGAUAUGGAACAAUUUCGGAUUAUAGAAGACCUUUUACAUGAAAUUAAAGAGGAAAAUGAUGAGCCACAUAGUGUGAAGGAAGAAAUGAACACAAAAACAGAUAUGCAACAAUUAAGAAUCAUAGAAGAUCUUCUGAAUGAGAUAAAAAAGGAAAAUGUUGAUGAGAUCCAUGAUGUGAAGCAAGAAAUGGACACAAAAAUAGAUGGUCAUCAACUUCAAAUGAUAGAAGAUCUUUUGCGUAAGAUGAAGGAGGAAAAAGAUGACCCUCAUGAUUUGAAACAAGAAAGCGAGGUAGAGAAACAGACAGAUGUGCAUCAACUUGGAGGUGUAUUAGAAGAUUUAUUGUAUGAAGUGAAGGAGGAUGAAGAUAUGACCGUAAAAAGAGAACCAUUGGACAAAUCAAUGGAUUUUGGAAGCCAAAAGUCUAUCAAAAACAUGGCUGAAGAAUCUGGAACUCAAAUAACAUCAGCAGCCACUCCCAUCAAUGGCAACACACCCACUUUUCCCAAUAAUACUGACACUGCAGAACUAGUCAAAACCAAGCUUUACACACCCAUCAUAUUAACAUCGCCAGAUCAAAAACGACGUUUUGUGUGUCCCGUCGAAGGAUGUUCCAAAUCCUACGGCAAGAGUUCACACAUUCGUGCCCACUUGACCUGGCAUUCAGGUGAGAAGCCCUUUAUAUGCGAUUAUCCAUCGUGUAAGAAAACUUUUACACGUUCCGAUGAGCUAACCCGACACAAUCGCACUCACACCGGCGAAAGACCGUACGAAUGUGCUCAGUGCACUAAAAGAUUCACUCGAAGUGAUCAUCUCACGAAACAUCUUCGUGUUCACUUUAAACAUAGCAAAAUGAAUAUAGCACCUUUGUUAGAAGUCACUCUGAAGGAGGGUAGUGAUGAUGAUGAUGAUGAGUUGUCAGAUGCCAAAAAUGGUGACAACUCAUCAAGUUCGCUUUUUCCAAUUAAAACAGAGUUACCUAUAAAAGAAGAAAUCGAUACAGAGGCCGACGAUGGGUAUCACCAACCUUACGAGGAAGAACAACAACAACAGAAUGAAUUGGGUGAAAUAAAAGUCGAACCCGAAACAAUAACAGAAUCUUCUUUACCUGCCUUUUAUCCUAAAACCGAGCCAAAUUCUAUGUCAGAAGCAAUCCAUCAAUUACCAUUUCCAAUUGAAUCAAAUAUUAUUAAAUCAGAAUCAAAGUCUUCUGAUAAACGUUUCAAAUGUUCUACGGUUGGGUGUGACAAGUCUUUUAAACGACAAGAUGAAUUGAAACGACACAGUCGGAUACAUUCUGGGGUAAAACCUUUUGAAUGUAAUCAAUGCGAGAAGAGAUUUCUCAGGAAAGACCAUUUAAACAAACACAUUAAAACUCAUUUCCGUGUACCAGUUAUCAAGGUAGCUAGUUAGCUUUUUGCUGAGUAGGUUUAAGUUUAAUAGGAUAAUUUGCAUACUUUUUAAAUUAUAAAUAUU